AUGCUUUCAGAAAAACGUAAAAAAGUAAGGUAUUCAACAGACCCAAAUGGGAAUCUUUGGGCUACCAAUCUCAACAAUUUUGGCAGAAAAAUGUUGGAAAAAUAUGGUUGGGCUCCCGGAAAGGGUUUAGGAAAAAACAGUAACGGUAUUAAAGCCCCUAUAAAGGCUUCAACACAGAAAGGCACACGGGGGCUGGGUAUGAAGUCGGACUUUGGUUUGGGUAUCCGGCAGAUUGAUGAAUACGCGAGUCUUCUGCGUAAGCUAAACAACGCCCAUAAUAGUUCUGAUAAAACAAAUCCAAUCAGUGAAUGUUUACCAAUGAGUUGGAGAAGUGGUAUGAAGACUUUAGAGGCAAAGGAUGCAUCUAAGUAUGGUCAGCAAGAUCUGUCCAUUGUUCUUGGACAUACUCAGCCAUUUUUGAAAGAAAAAAUAGCUUCGCCAAAUGCUUCUGCAGAGAAAUCUGAUUGUCAAAUUCCUACUGUGAUUAGCCCAUUAUCUGUCUCUGAAUAUUUUGCGAAAGCGAAGAAACGCAGACUACAAAGCGAGCCACAAACUUGUUUGGCUGAUGUAAAGUCAACCAAGUCAAUUGAAAUUAUCGUCCCUGUCGAUCAACACGCUACAUCAUAUUCUGUUUCAGUAAAGAUCAAUGAUAACGAAGAGUCCAAAUGUAGGAAAAUUGAAGAGCCAUCAAAUCAUGAAGAAGGUGAACUGAUCACACCACCUAUAGAUCCUGAUAAAAAAAUAAGACAUGUCGAAACUAUAAAUGCAGGAGAAACGCAGCCAGUCUUCGACAUGACGAAAUCGUCUUCUACUCGCAUACCAAUGCCAAGAAAGUCUUUUGAAACGCCCAGUUUCUUCAGCUCAUCUCUGAAGUAA